UCAGACGGACCAUGAAGCUUACAGCGCAGGCGCUCCGUCAUCCUGCAUAACUACAUAAAUUAUAGGUAGGCUGGAAUCAAACAUGGCUGACCCUGCCUAUGCUCCGAGCGCUCCACCAAAAGACCCUGCCUACCCACCACAGGCCGGCUAUCCUCCUCAGCCUCAACAGGUACCACCUCCGUACCAGCCUCCACCGUACAGUGCCGCAGCGCCGGGACCGCCGCCACCACAGUACGGCCCAGGCCCCCCACCCCAGGGGUACGCUCCUCCACCCCAGGGAUACGCUCCCCCACCCCAGGGGUACGGACCCCCACCCCCAGCCGGAUACGCACCCCCACCCCAGGGGUAUGCUCCGCCACCCCAGCCGUACGGCGCCCCACCCCAGGGAUACGCUCCACAGCCGGUUCAGCCGGGCUAUCCACAAGCACAGCAGACCACAGUAGUGGUGGCGCAGCAGCAGCCUACUACUGUUGUUGUCCAGAGGCGUCGGAACGAGGUGAACCACUGUCUGCACUGCAUAAUCACCUUGUUCUUCUGGCCAUGGGUCUUCGUGUGGAUCGUCUUGUGUAUGAUGGAAGGUGACUGAAGGAAGACUUCGUAUCCAUAACAACAGAUGAACAUACCCCACCCUCCUCUCUCUACAAACCAGGACUGUCAUCAUAUCCGUCAAUGGAAUGAUCCAAACUUUUCACCCAGGAGCUGAAGAUACAACAAUAACCUAUGUUCACCUGUCUGUCCGUCGUAUAAACCUUUCUCCCGACGCGGCCAUGAUAGAUCGA